CUAUUCAAAGGCACUCCGCGGGAGUGCGUGGUUCACUUGGGCCCCUGGGAAGUACAAGAGUCAAAGGAACGUCGAGUCAUUUGGCAAGGGGCGAAUCAAAACGAAACUCUCGAGCAUUACUUUCCUUCGAGCGAGCCGUCGGAUCUUCACCCACAUACACUCCAUAACCGCCAUCGGCCUUAUAAUGACCCUGCGGAUGUGGAGCGAUACAUAACAUUCCAAGAACCCCACCGCAUCCGAUACAUUAACAAUGAGGGAGUCUGCAUGCAUGACGAAUUUAUGGACGUCAAGUACGAGUUUUCGUCGGCCGAGUCCUCAGUGCAGUUUCAGGGAGAUCUACGGCGAAAGGACCUCGUCGAUUUCUAUGACACGGAUGUCGUCUGGACCAACAUUCACGGCCGCACUAAUAGCUUCGGCAACGUUAGGGGUGUGGCGACUCUCCAGCGGCUGAAGCUAUGGAGAGAUCGGUUGAAUGGCCUCUAUUCACUCAGUAUCCAUCAGAACAAUGCCAGCCGCCAAUAUGUUAACUACAAUCUGGAAGACUUUCGCGCGGUCACUAUGCCGAGCGACAGGGCAAAAAAGCUACGGCUCGAGGCUUUGCACCAAGAUGAUGAUAAUGGUCGUCGACCGGUCACAGAAAAUCGACGGCAGCUUGGAAGAAGGGGUAGCGAAGCUUCAGAAUCCCGGUUGCAGAGACGGCCGACAGACAACAUACGAUACUUGGCGAUUCAAUUUUCAGAACGUACAGGUAAUCUCCCUCCAUUGUACCAAUCUUAUCUCUUAUGA